UGUAAAGAGUGCGGGAAGACGUUUAAUAGAAACACGACCCUGACCAGGCACCAGCGCAUCCACACCGGUGAGCGGCCCUACAGGUGUGGGGAGUGCGGGAAGGGCUUUGUGCAUAAAUCACACCUGAUGACUCACCAGCGGGCCCACAGUGGUGAGCGGCCCUAUAAGUGUGAGGAGUGCGGGAAGAGCUUUGUGCAUAAGUCCAACCUGAUGACUCACCAGCGCAUCCACAGCGGUGAGCGGCCCUACAGGUGUGAGGAGUGCGGGAAGGGCUUUGUGCAGAAGUCAACCUUGAUGAGUCACCAGCGGACCCACAGCGGUGAGCGGCCCUACAAGUGUGGGGACUGCGGGGAGAGCUUUGCGCAGAGCUCCAGCCUGGACCACACCGGCGAGCGGCCCUUCAGCUGCACGAGGUGCGGGAAGAGCUUCAAAGGCAGAAGCACCCUCAUUCGCCACCAGCAGAUGCACAGUAGCGAGAAUCCCUACCAGUGCAGGGAGUGCGGGAGCAGCUUUAAGUACAGGUCCAGCCUGGCCAAGCACAGGUACAUACACAGCGCCCAGCAGCCACACAAGUGCGAGCAGUGCGGGAUGGCCUUCAGCUGCAACAGCAACCUGCUCAGGCACUUGCAGAUUCACACCGAUGACCGCCCCUACGCCUGUGACCAGUGCGAGAAGAGCUUCACACGCAUCUCCUCCUUGGCCGAGCAUGUCAAGACCGACAAUCCCUACGAGGGCCUUUGGUGCGGGAAGGCGUUUGCGAUGAGAUCCAGCCUGUACAUUCACCAGCGCACUCACAGCAAUGAACGGCCCUACAAGUGCAGGGAGUGCGGGAACGCUUUCAAAUAUAGCUCCACCCUGCUCAAGCACCAGGUCAUCCACACUGGUGAGCGGCCCUACAAG